AUGGCUCGUAAUACACGUUUACUGUCAUCAGGAUUAUAUGUAUUUUUUGGUGUUUUGAUUGGCUUUUCUCUGUCAUUUUUACUGAUUUCAACCAGGUAUGACGUAAUUCCUUUGCAAUCCACUGGAUCAAAUUAUGAACAUAAACGUUAUUUCGAUGCCCAUGAUGAUGUGGAAGUAGACGAUAGCUAUGCACCAAGUGUUCCCUUAUAUUUCCAUGACAAUCUGACUAAUGCUCAUGAGGAUGAUCAGAGCGUAGCGAAAAUGUUGGAAUCGAAAAUACGAAUUAUGUGUUGGAUAUUGACAGGCAAACAGAAUCAUGAAAAACGGGCAAAGCACGUGAAAGCAACAUGGAGUAAGCGUUGCUCGAAGUACAUAUUUAUGUCUUCUAAAACAGACCCGUCGUUACCAUCUAUAAACUUGAAUAUAUCAGAAGGUCGUAAUCAUUUGUGGGCUAAAACAAAAGCCGCAUUCAAAUAUUUACAUGACUUCUAUCUUGAUGAUUAUGACUGGUUUCUGAAAGCAGAUGAUGACACUUUUGUAAUCGUAGAAAAUUUGAGGUUAUUCAUGCUGCUAGCUCAUGAUCCAAGUGAGCCUGUAUGGUUUGGUUGUAAAUUCAAGCCAUUUACGAAGCAAGGCUACAUGAGUGGUGGAGCUGGUUAUGUACUUUCUAGAGCGGCAUUGAAAAAAUUCGUGAGAGAAGCACUUCAAGAUCCGAAGAAGUGUAAAAAAGAAGAAAACGGCGCAGAGGAUGCUGAAAUUGGGAAAUGUUUAGAAAGAGUUGGAGUGAAAGCUGGAGAUUCGAGAGAUGCCGAAGGACAUCACAGGUUGUUUAUGCCUUUUAUACCCGAGCAUCACUUAACCCCAGGACAUGUCGACCAGAAUUUCUGGUUUUGGCGAUACACAUAUUAUCCAUUUGAACAGGGUCCAUCCUGCUGCAGUGACUAUGCAAUCUCAUUUCACUAUGUGAGUUCAGCUUUAAUGUAUGUUUUGGAAUAUCUCAUAUAUCAUCUUCGUCCUUUUGGUGAGUUUAAUUUCAUAAAUUUCAAAUUUAUAAAAGCUUAA